UGGAUUUGUGUUCACCUCUCUCUUUGCUUAGCCUUCGGCACGGUUCUGGCCGCAUUAAGUAAGCCCCAGUCAAAGAUGGAGGCCUGCAUUGCUGAGUGCGCCGCGGCGCGCUGCGGCGUCCCGCUGCUCGCCGCAAGAUGCUCGCCAAGGAAUGUGGCGGCGUCGAACUUCGUCGGGCAGAAACUGGUGGCGGCGCCCGGUUUGAUGGCCAGGAAUCACAGGCGGCCUGCGCCCCGGUGUCAAGCGGAUGCAUCAGCAACCACAACGGCGCACCCGGUGACCAUUGAUGCGGAUCCCAAGACGGCAGGGGCGCUCAACCGGCACAGCUCACGGAUCACCCAGCCGGCGUCCCAGGGGGCGAGCCAGGCGCAGCUCUAUGGGGUCGGGCUAACCGAGGAGGAUAUGAACAAGCCACAGGUGGGCAUCAGCAGUGUGUGGUAUGAGGGCAACACGUGCAACAUGCACCUGCUGGCGUUGAGCGAGGCGGUUAAGCAGGGGGUUUACGAGGCGGGCAUGGUCGGGUUAAGAUUUAACACGAUCGGGGUUAGCGACGGGAUUUCGAUGGGGACGGAAGGCAUGUGCUUCAGUCUGCAGAGUAGGGACCUGAUUGCGGACAGCGUUGAGACAGUGAUGGGCGCACAGUGGUACGACGCAAAUAUCUCGCUUCCUGGGUGCGACAAGAACAUGCCCGGCGUCGUGAUGGCCAUGGGCCGCCUCAACCGGCCGAGCCUCAUGGUCUACGGAGGCACCAUCAAGCCCGGCUUCUCUUCCGACGGCACAACCCUAGACAUCGUCUCCGCUUUCCAGAGCUACGGUCAGUUUGUGGCGGGGUCCAUCGACGAGAAGGAGCGCCAGGACAUUGUGCGGUUCUCAUGCCCUGGCGCUGGUGCGUGCGGGGGCAUGUACACAGCAAACACCAUGGCGUCGGCAAUCGAGGCAAUGGGCAUGACGCUGCCUUACAGCUCUUCCAUUCCGGCGGAAGACCCGCUGAAGCUGCAGGAAUGCCGGCUCGCGGGGCGCGUCGUGCUGGAGCUGCUGAAGAAAAACAUCCGGCCGCGUGACAUCAUCACCCGGGCGUCGCUCGAGAACGCGAUGGUCCUCAUCAUGGCGCUCGGGGGGUCCACAAACGCCGUACUGCAUCUCAUCGCCAUUGCCAGGUCUGUGGGCGUCGAUCUGACCAUUGACGACUUCCAGGCCGUCAGCGACCGGACGCCCUUCAUUGCUGACCUCAAGCCGAGCGGCAAAUACGUUAUGGAGGACCUGCAUAAGGUGGGCGGUACUCCCGCCGUGCUGAAGCUGCUGCUCGAGAACAACAUGAUUGACGGUUCCUGUAUGACCGUCACCGGAAAGACUCUCGCCGAGAACCUCAAGAGUUGCCCGCCCCUUUCGGAAGGACAACAAGUGAUACUGCCGCUGGACAAUCCUAUCAAGUCGACGGGCCACCUUCAGAUUCUGUACGGAAACCUCGCGCCCGAGGGAUCGGUUGCGAAGAUCACCGGGAAGGAGGGGCUCUACUUCCAAGGGCCGGCGCGCGUGUUUGAGGGUGAAGAGGCCAUGGUGGACGCGCUCUCAGAAAACGCGCAAAGCCUUAAGGGAGCAGUGAUUGUGAUCCGAGGGGAGGGCCCUAAAGGAGGCCCGGGGAUGCCUGAGAUGCUGACGCCCACGAGCGCCAUCAUGGGCGCGGGGCUUGGUCAGGACGUGGCCCUCCUGACCGACGGACGGUUCUCUGGCGGCUCGCACGGGUUCGUUAUCGGUCACAUCACUCCGGAAGCCCAGGUGGGCGGCCCGAUCGGUCUGAUCCGUGACGGUGACGUCGUCACGAUUGACGUAAGCAAAAACGCUAUCAACAUGGAGGUUUCCGACGAGGAACUAGAGCGGAGACGAAGAGAGUGGACGGAGCCGCCGCUGAAGGCGACUCGGGGGACGCUGUACAAGUACAUCAAGAACGUUUCCUCAGCAAAGUAUGGCUGCGUAACAGACGAGUAG